AACAACUCAACACUGAUGAUUGCUUCUCUCUUGGCAUUUUAUUCCCUAUUCUCAUUCGCAAUGGCCGCCAACAAGGAACGCACUUUCAUCAUGGUUAAGCCCGAUGGAGUCCAAAGAGGACUCGUCGGUAAGAUCAUUGAGCGUUUUGAGCAAAAGGGCUUCAAAUUGGUAGCAAUGAAGUUCGUGUGGGCUCAAAAGGACUUGUUGGAGAAGCACUAUGCUGAUCUGUCUAGCCGCCCCUUCUUCCCCGGUUUGGUCAACUACAUGAACUCCGGUCCAGUGGUUCCCAUGGUGUGGGAGGGCUUAAAUGUGGUCAAGACCGGCCGUCAAAUGUUGGGCGCUACCAACCCAGCUGAUUCCCUGCCUGGCACCAUCCGUGGUGAUUUUUGCAUCCAGGUUGGCCGCAACAUCAUUCAUGGCUCUGACGCUGUCGAGUCCGCCGAAAAGGAGAUUGCUCUGUGGUUCAAUGAGAAGGAGCUAGUUAGCUGGGCUCCAGCCGCCAAGGACUGGAUUUACGAAUAGAUUCAGCAUGCAAGUGCAUGAAUCUGUGCGCCACUCACAUAAGUCUAACAGCGAUUCUUUUAAAGAAUAAAAAUUCCACAUAAUAUA